CCCCAACGCGCCCUCAAACCCCACAAUGUCUCCUCUCAGGCGCGGUUAAACUUGCUGCCAAGUUCUACUAGCUGGUGCCCGGGGUAGACCAGGGGCAAAGGCCGCGUCCAAAACACGAGUUGAACACGGACUAGUGACGACAUGCGUGUAGCAACAAUGAGCCGGCCGUCAGGAACCGCGGCCCCGGGCGAGGCGAUUGUUUCCGGCUGACACAAGACCCUGGACAAGUAUAAGGAUUGUAUGUAUCCCGCAAUACUGGCACCUGGCACCUAGCAGUCACUUCCUUCACUUUGCCCCUUCCUCCCAAAGAUCUGCGCCACACACCACAGGGUCCGAGGAAAAGAGCCAGGACCUCAACCAUCUUGAAACACACAUCACUCUCACAAAUCAUGAACCGCUCCCGGUACGUGCCGCACGCGGUAUACUCGAUCAACCCCUACGCCAGCAACCCCUAUGGCAUCGGACCAACACAGUCCCCGAUGCAGGGCGGCGGCGGCAUGAUGCCCCCCAGCCAAGCCAUGGGAAUGGCUGCUUCCCAGUCCCCAUACGGCAGCCCUCAAUCACAACAGCACCACGGACAGUCGCCUGUGCAGACGUCGCUCUCCCCCAACGCAAUGUGGGCAGCAAACUUCGCCAACGGGCCCAUCAUCGAGGAUCUCUGCGCGCCCCCACCACCACCGCUCACCAUGCCCCCCGCCGCGCCACCACACAUGCGCAUGGCUGCCCACAUGCAUCCCGGCGCCAUGCCACAGGUGCAGAACGUCUAUGGCGUCCGCCAGCCGGGAGGACUCCCUCUCCACCACCACCACCACCCUGCCUACGCCGUACAGGGUCCGUACCCAGGGCAGCCGAUGCAGGGGAUCCCCACCGCCGCGAGGGUGGUGGGCACCUACCCGCCGUAUACUAGUAGUAUGCCGCAGCAGCCACAACAGGUGCAGCCGGGGAUGCAUCUCGGAUACCACCCGGCGGGACAGAAUGCUACGGGUAUGUUGGGGCGUCCGAGGUUGGAGACCGGGUUUCCGUCUGCUCCCGUGGCGGCGGGAGGGCCGGGGCAGCAGCAUGAGGGGAGGAUGGGCGGCCAGAUGGGGUCGCCGGAUAGUGGUGGUAGUAUGGAUCUCGGGGUGGGGACGAACCCGGUGGUGGUGAGCGAUCUGGAGGGUGUGGCGCCGCUGACGCCGGUGGAGGAGGCGAUUCGGGGGUUUUUGAGUCCCGAUUUGGGGGAUUUGGGGCAUCCUUAAUGAUGAUGAUGGUACGCCCGGAUUGAUGGGUAUAUGUUGAGAACUUAAGCGUGGGCGGGUGGGGGCAAAAGGGGUGUGGUUACGGUUAUGGUUGCUUUUAGCCUGCAUCUGCUAGGAGUUGGGAGUGUUCGGGUAUUUCAUAGCGUCUCAUUUAUCAUAGCGGCAUGACUCAUGUACGGAAUAAACGACCGGACAAAUCAAAAACGGAUUGAUAACUA